AUGAUAAACUCCGAGUCCUCCUGUCUUUCAACUCCCAUUGACGAUGAGAACGUCUCUAACUUCUCCAUUAGUGUAAAGCAAUUAGCACAUAUCGUCGAGAACAACUCUAAUAAUAAGGGCUUUAUGUGUCAAAGUACUUCUGUUAUUCAACACCUAUUUCAUGCACUGGAAACAAAUACUGAUUCCGGCAUAUCAGGAGAUUCAAACGAUCUCUAUCGUCGCCGCAAAGCCUUUGGUUCCAAUACAAACUCAGAAGGCCGAUCACCUUCUUUCAUCACCAAAGGUUUCCAUCAACUGAUACUUGAGGCAUUCAAAGACACUACCGUUAUUCUUCUUCUUUGUUGCGCCGCACUUUCUCUUGUGAUAGGGAUUAAGAUGAAUGGUCUCCAAGAAGGAUUAUUUGAUGUUUUAUUAAUCUUUCUGCCAAUAAUGAUUGUUGUUAAUUUUGGCGUUACCUAUAGAUUUUUCAAGGCCAUAUGGAUGAAGAAGAAAAUGGCGAAGCAGAAAAAGGUAGUCCGGGUUCUUAGACACCACCAGAUUUUACAAAUUCCAGUUUCUGAAGUGGUGGUUGGUGAUAUUUUGUUCUUGGAAACAGGCGAUGAGGUCCCGGCUGAUGGGAUUCUCAUUCAUGGCAACUCAUUCAAGCUCGAUGAUGGUUUAAUCGAUGAACACUUUUCAGAACACCCCUCGUUGUUUACUGGUACAAACUUAGUGGAAGGCAACUGCCAGUUUCUCGUGACUGCAGUUGGCAAAAACACUGAAAGAUGCAAGUUGAUGGAACUGGUGGCAAGUUCCCAACAUGAUGAUAUGUCAAAGCUUCAUCGAUCAAUUGAUGAGAUGAGCUCAGUCUUGGAGAAACUAUGGUUGAGUCUCUCUUUGAUCAUUCUUGUCGUGCAAGUUUUCCGAUGUUUCUUGUGGAAAUCAUGGUGUUGUGAUAAGGAUCGCAAUCCAGAUCCUAAGGGUAUGAAGAACACAGUGGAGGAAAUAAUGAACGAGGCCACAAAAUACAUGAGGAGGAAGCGAGGUGGCACCAAUAAGGUUAAUGGUUUGGUGGCUAUGCUUUGCAUAUUGUUAUUUUCAUUAAAAGAUGGAUUAUCUUUAGGCAUUUUCAUUAUUCUUCUAUAUGCAUCGAAGGAGAUGAAAAAGGCUCAUCAAACCAUAGUUCAUAAGCUUCCGACGGACGCUAAUGUAGCCCUUGUUACCACCCUCUGCCUCGGCAAAACACUUGACUUGGUUGUGAAGCAUAAAAUGAUGGCGGAUUUAUGGAUUGGUUUCGAGAAAAUUUUGAACCUUCCUGCAGAUAGUGGCGGAGCUGAAGAUUCUGUUGAGGAAGUCCUGAAUGCCUUACUCGAAGGAAUUUGCAUGAAUAUAACUGGUGGUGUCAAUGAUGAUUCUCUUCUUAUUUGGGCUGAGAAAGUGCUUGGCGGUGAUAUUGAUGAAUUGCACGGAAGUUGUACAAUCCUAAGCCGUUAUAAUUUGUAUCCUAGCAAAGGACUAUGCGGGUUGCUAAUAAAGAGAAACAAAGAAGGUGAAGAAUUUAUGCAUGUGCAUUGGAAAGGAGAACCAAAGCUGGUUCUAUCUAUGUGUUCUCACUAUUAUGACAUUAACGGCACCAUGCAAACCCUAGAUGAGGAAAAAAGAAAGCUGUUCAAUGGAAUAAUCGAUAGAAUAGUAUCCGACGGUGUGUACUGCUUUGGUUUUGCUUAUAAACAAGUAAAACCAAAAGAAGAAAGCCCCGUUGAUACCGAAAAAGAAGGUGAAUUAUUCUUCUUUGAGCUCGCGAAAGAUGGCUUGAGCUUUUAA